UCGACCAUCACCAGCACCCCCCGGAGGACCCCAGACCCCGAAAAAGAGGGGUCUUGGUUGAGCGCAAAAGAUAUCGUUUCUGAGACUUCUUCAAGAGGUGUCUGUAGUUCUGGAGCCAUGAUAACCAAAAUGUCUUAGAGGACACAACAAUCGAAGGUGAGGCCGGACUUUUUCGUUGAACAGUGGACAGGCACCAAAACUUUGAGACGGCCACACGGGAUAGAAACGGUGUGGCUAGGAUAGCCCUGCCAAUUCCUGCGCCCGCUCAAGGGCUAAGACGGAACCCCAUACCGCAACGAGUCUCUGCCGCUUCUUCGGGUGGGGUGGAGAGGGGGGGAGUUUUGGCACUCACUCACGCACUCACACAAUCCAUCAAAAUUUCAGAAGGACAUGAGUGAGGUGUUCGACCGAAGUUGCCAUUUUCGUGGCGAACCUUGGGUGCUGUAUGUAAGGCAACGACAGAGCCCGUGAGCCCCUUCCCUCAACAUUGCUCAGCACUGACAAAAGUUCCCUGCGUACGGAUGACUGCUUUUCCUCUGCACGGAGUUUUCCCUAGUUUUCUAUCUAUCAAUUGACAACUGUGGCUAGAACAUAGUGAUCUCCUCUCCUUCUAGACCGCACAGAUAGAUGAUGCUUCGCAGGCUUCGCAAGCUCGAGGCGAGUGGCUGAGCACAGCCACAUCUCUUCUCUGGGUGUCUGGGUAUAGUCGGUCGUCUGUGGUAGUCCUGGAUAAUGUAGCUGUACUUUACCCGACGCACCAUCUUCCCAACGAUAUUUACCUUAAUAGCCGUGCUAUAUGUAUAACGGCGGUGCGAGGCAUUGGACAAUCGGAUUUCCUCUACAACCAGCUCCUGACACUUUCGGAAAAGGUUGCCGUCUUACAACCUCAAUUGAGAACGGACGGCCGAACCGCUCCUGCCAGAUGUGGACGGAGGCGCGGGCAAUCUCCCAUUCCGAGGGCCCCGUUACCUCGAUCUCGAUCUGUUACCUUACUCACCUUGAAACCACGACGAGAUUGCGCGUGGGUUUGCGGUCGAGAUUCAUGACAUGACAGCAUGAGGAAGAUGAACAAGCAGCGGCACAGAGGAUGAUGCAUGUUUAUGGUUUUGUUUGAUGAUGGGUGAACUUCCCCGCGCCUGCAUCGAAAUGGUUUAAUGGGUGGAUGCGACACACCCUGGUGUGGGUCAAGACCGGUAUAUUCAUCCCUCCUUCAAUCUUAUUAUAUUCUCUAGCUGCAUGCUGUCACCGUUGUCGAGGUCCUGGUCACAAUGAGAAAUGCGGACAAGGUAUGGCGAAGACUCGACCGCCCAUCCCUUCCCAGCAGCCUCGUCUCCUCUCCUCUCCUCUCACCAGCAAAAUCAUGAUAAUAAUUAUUGCACCACUAUUUUGUGCGGUAAGAUACCCAUGUAUCAAAAGUGUCGACCGAGUAAAGACACACCCUUGCCAUUUUUUGCGGGAGAAGCACGGGAAAACCCCGCACCAGGUGUGAUGUGCCCGACAUGCAAUUCGCAAUGCCCAUACAGAAGUGUUCCAUGUGCUUGAUGAGAAGUGCCAGACGAGAUGGCCGCGUCAGGCUGAGAUGGAGGGUACUUCCAUCCGCGCCGCUCUCUCACUCUCUCGCUCUUUCAUCAGUUUCUUUAGUUCUUUCUUGAUGGCCUGUCGUCUCCCGCUCUCCCACAUAAAGAUAACCAAAAUAUUCUUGCAGCCAUCGACCGGCUGCAGCUCCAGUGGCAACCACCUGACCCUCCCGAGCGGUACGGUACCCUUCUCGCAAACAAUUUCCCGCAUCGUCGAGUCUCCUCUCGUUCUCUCGGCCCCGUUGUUGCUCUCUCUCUCGCUCCAUGCAUGGAUGUACCUCGACAUCGCCCAGCAUUUCCGGCCCCACCCCCCCUUCGACUCUGACACUGGAUUACUCUUUCCAGUUAGACCACCCUAUAGCGCACCACCUUUUUUACGCAUUCCCCCCAUCCCCCAUCCCCAUCUCCAUUAAUCCAUAACUAAGGUAACAAGGUAUCUCUUGUCCCGGCCACACCUCCACCUCAGCCUGUCAGUCAAAACUCUGAACUCAGGCCUAUCCCUCACCAGUCCUCAGUUCCCUCAGUUUCAAUCUUUUUUUUUCUCUGGUCCACAGACGAGCCUGUGCUUUCGCGCUUAUUAGCUGAGCUUGUACCAGCCGGUAUAUACAAGGCCGGCCGCACCUCUCGUCCAGUCCAUGCACCCGAAAGACCUACUGGACCUUCCGAAUACCAGACAAUAACAACCUUACCCUCCUCUGCCUGGCAACUUUGCCGUUUUCCCUCGCUUGCUGGCUUUUUUUCUUUUCCCCCACAGCUCGUUCCGUUUGUCGAGCGAGCAUACACAUCCUCGAAACAUCUGAUCUCGUCGAUAAGGUAGCUUGUUCCCUACCUGCCAGAGCUUUACUCACCUCCCCCACCAUCCCACCGUCGCUUCCCGCCCACUCACCGAACGGUACACACACGUUCAAGCUGUCUUUGCAACGACCCACGAUAUAUCUCACAACACGGUGCGCUUGACCGAGAUAAAAGAGCGCUCCACCAAAGAGCUGUUGCCCGCAGUCGCUACCACCGGUGCAGUGUCUCCGUCGCAGACAUGUUUCGACAAAGGACGAGCUCGCAGAAGCCUGGGGAUGAUCUGCUGGCCAAUUUUAGACAACAGUUUCCUGAGGUUGCCGCUGUAACUUCAUCAGCCGGUGCAGCCCAGCCAGCCAGCACCACCACCGCUGGCCACCCCGCAGUUGCUGUUUCGGCGCAAGAAACAUCUCAAACUCUAAGCCAUGAGGCUUUUCGCGACCAGGACCCGACUCCUCGGGCAGCAGCGGCCAACGAGCCGUGGAGAUUCACGCCGUCCUUGCUAGACCCGGGCUCGUUUUCUUUUGCCAACUUUCCUCACCAAACCGGCGGCUACUAUACCCCUACCCCAGGAGGCACGAAUACACUUUACCAUCCUACCGCUGGCGACCUCCACACACCCACCCUCGGUCUGGGAAUGGGGCUUGGGACACCGUUGUCCCUGCCGACCUCAGAUGGAGCUAUUCACUCCGGGACUACCGCAAUGGACGUGGGUGGCUUUCACCAUGGAUUUGGCCAUCCUCAGCAGUUUCAUCAGUUCCACCCUUUCAUGCAGCAUCAGCCUCCGCAACCGUCGUUUGCCCCAUCAUCGAUAUUCCGCCAGGAUACCGGGUACGAGACCAUGGACCAAGAUGACUCUCCCAUGAAUUCCGACCCUGCAGAUGAGCAUAUGGUGUCUAUCGACAGCAAAUUCCACGGCCAGUCUCCCAUGGUUGCCUUCCAGACAAGACAGUUUGGAAUGUCCAUGUCGGUUCCUCUCCCGGCGUCUGCGGAAAAGUUCCGCUUCCACACUGCUUUGAAUGCCCCAACAGCCAUGAUCAAGCAUGCCGACGAGAUUCCCGUGACAUAUCUCAACAAGGGUCAGGCCUAUUCGCUCUCGAUUGUCGAUACCAACCCGCCGAUGCCCAUGGCGCCUGGUACCCGUUUCCGCACCUUUGUCAGAAUCUCCUUUGAGGAUGAGCAGCAGAGACAAAAGCCGGGCGUGUGCUGGAGCUUGUGGAAAGAGGGACGCGGAACGAACGAGGCCCAUCAGAGAGGAGGAAAGCUGCAAGCUGUCGAGUACGUUGAGGCUGGACAGCCUUCCGAAGGCGACGAUAAACGGGCCCGUAUCGAGCUGGAGACUGCUUCAUUUGACGGCUUCUCCGUGGUUUGGACUCCGGGCAUCAACGGCGCCGUCGAGUGCAACAUUGCUGUCCGCUUCAACUUCCUCUCCACCGACUUUAGCCAUUCCAAGGGCGUCAAGGGCAUUCCUGUGAGGCUCUGUGCCAAGACACACAUCCUCCCAUCGGAUCCUUCCCAGUCACCACCGCCUUCGUCCCCUGAGGCUGAGAUCUGCUACUGCAAAGUCAAGCUGUUCCGUGACCACGGAGCGGAGCGCAAACUCUCCAAUGAUGUUGCGCACGUCAGGAAAACCAUUGAUAAGCUCAAGCAGCAGAUCGCCCAGGCCGAGAGUGGGAUGAAGGACUUUGGCAAGCGCAAGAGACCCAGCGCAGCGCAGUCCAAGAGCAGCUCGGCAGUCCAGAGACCCGGCAAGGUGCAGAAGCACAAGCGUACCUGGUCCAUGUCCUCAGCCAGCUCUGCUGGAGGCGGUGGCAGACCGAAUCUUGAGGAAGAUUUGCACUUCAAGCUUCAGACUCUCCAGGACAUGUUUACCAGCACCCGUCCUGUGAGUGUCCUGUACCUUCGGGGUGACGAUAUUGACGACCCUGAUCUUCAUCCGGUGUCGCUUCCCGGAGAGCCCGUCGAUCUCACCAGGGUGGACACGGACCCGGCCGCUUGGAGAAGCGAACGUAGCUCCAUGGCUGGAUCUUCGCUGGUCUCGCCUUCACCGAGCUCACUUUCUCUUCAUUCACAGGCCUCUGUAGCCGGUAAGCCGAACUGGCAAGACUAUCAGAUUGGUUCCGAUGGUUCCGCACAGGGUGGCAACCAGCCCACCAAGGUCAGGAAGGUGGACGAAGCUGGUCACCUCACGGGGUGGAUUGAGGCCUUGGGCGUUGACUCUUCUUACCGACCACCACAGGAGCGCCCUCCCAAACCUGUCGCGUGUUUCUAUGUGGCGCGACGAAACUUCUCGGAGCCCUCUGGCCAGGAACUGCACCGUGCCGUCUACUUGAUGCAAAGGACGCUCUCCGAUUUUGUCGGAAGACUCUCUGUGAAGUACAACUUUGACGUUGGUAGGGUGAUCCGAACAGUACACGUCUUGCCUCGUGGCAUCGAAGUGGAGAUGGACGACGACGUCAUCCGCGAAAUUCCCGAGGGCCAGGACAUGACACUGGAGGUCAUCGAGACGGGCGGCUCUGGUGUCAAGCGCGAAUGGGAAAUGGCGGUCGACGCCCCUGGGGAGUCUGACGUGCCUUCCCCAUCCAACAACACGGCGCCACAGAGGGGUUAUGAACUUCGAUUGCGGUAUUAA